AUGGCAGGGUCUGGAGGUGGUGAGCUAAGAGCGCCGAUCUUUGGAGGUGAUAACUAUGAGUUCUGGAGAAUGAGAAUGAAAACCAUUUUCAAAUCUCAUGGGCUUUGGGAAUUGGUUGAGAAGGGAAUGGAGUGCUCAGAUUCGAAGGGAGCUGGCGAAUCUGAAGCAAAGAAGAAAGAAAAGGAAGAAUCGAGUGGUGCUGGGAAGAUGAUUGUCACCGAGCUACUCAUGAAGGAUGCUAAAGCUCUGGGUCUGAUUCAAGGAGCAAUGUCUGAUGAGAUCUUCCCCUGA